GUGAUGGAGAGUGAGAUGGUUUAUUUAUUUAUUUUUAUUUGCUGUUUAUCUUCAAAUGUGUUUUUAAAUAGGAAAUGUUCUUGGAGGUCCACGGACAUGACAUUUCAAAAGGCUUAUUUGUGCGUGUAGCCAACAAAUGGCAUCAUUGUAUUGGUGUAAUUUAAGUCCCAACAUAAAUAUAAUUCUCAGGAUGUUGAAUAGGUUUAGUAUAUGUAUGCGUUCAAAUUUAGCAAAGACCUACAUGGAUGAAAUGUUUCUCUUCCGAAUUACUAAUUAAAUACGAUAACUGAUGCAACUAAUAAAACGAAAGAAAUGAAUGCGGUCCAGAAGAGAAACUGAAAGUUAACUCAAGACAGCCAUUUUAAAGAUGCAGCAGAAAGAAGACCGUGAAAAGAAGAAAAUUAAAUUGAAUAAACCAACGGAGUGAACAGCCUGUUGUGGAGUGGAAUUGUGGUUGGUGGAUUUGACUUAAAACCCACUUGUGGGUGAAUCUGAUCUGAAGUGUCCCGGUGUCCUGAGAUAGGCAGCGCAGUUUCUAAAAUGAGUUCCUCAGAGAAGAAAGAGACUGACGAUGAAACCCACAGCCCUGCCAGAAAGAGCGUCACACACAUGUGGGGUGCACCUGAGGAGCGGCUGCUGUCAGAGCAGGAAGUGCAUCAGUCACUGCAGGCCCAGCUGAUGGCAGUGGAUGCACAGCAACGGCUGAGCCUCGUCCGGGUAGAGAGGGCAGGGUCACCUGUACCCAGCUGUCUGUCUAUGAAGAGUGAUUAUUCAAUGGGUCCUCCACUCAACUUCAGAGGCCAGUCCACAGGUCGUAAAAGGGUCCGGGUAGAGAGGACUGGGUCACCUGUUCCCAGCUGUCUGUCUAUGAAGAGUGAUUAUUCAAUGGGUCCUCCACUCAACUUCAGAGGGGAAUUCACUGAUGAUCAAAGCGUCACACACAGAUGGGGUGCACCUGAGGAGCGGCUGCUGUCAGAGCAGGAAGUGCAUCAGUCACUGCAGGCCCAGCUGAUGGGAGAAGAUGCACAGAAAGGGCUGAGCCUGGUCCAGGUAGAGAGGACUGGGUCACCUUUUCCCAGCUGUCUGUCUAUGAAGAGUGAUUAUUCAAUGGGUCCUCCACUCAACUUCAGAGGGGAAUUCACUGCUGAUCAAAGCGUCACACACAGAUGGGGUGCACCUGAGGAGCGGCUGCUGUCAGAGCAGGAAGUGCAUCAGUCACUGCAGGCCCAGCUGAUGGGAGAAGAUGCACAGAAAGGGCUGAGCCUGGUCCAGGUAGAGAGGACUGGGUCACCUUUUCCCAGCUGUCUGUCUAUGAAGAGUGAUUAUUCAAUGGGUCCUCCACUCAACUUCAGAGGGGAAUUCACUGCUGAUCAAAGGGUCCAGGUAGAGAGGACUGGGUCACCUUUUCCCAGCUGUCUGUCUAUGAAGAGUAAUUAUUCAAUGGGUCCUCCACUCAACUUCAGAGGGGAAUUCACUGCUGAUCAAAGGUUCCACUACUCAUUGGAGUCCAACCGUUUCAAAGAGAAGAGUUCAGAGGAACGAUCUUUCUUAAAUCAGUCUCUCCUGCACACUCUGAUGAGGCUGAAGAAGAUUGGAAAGUUGAAAGAUUUUCAGAGCCAUCUGAGUCAAGAUUGCCCAGAAUGCUUUAAUUGUCUUCCUGAAGAUCCCUUUGUACUGGAUAAGUUUAUGAAGAUAAAGGAAUUGUUCAAGAGUCAUCAAAUUGCUGAUUACCCAGAAUGCACUGAGAGAGAACAGGAGGAUCCUGAGCCCCUGUACAUAGUUGAGAAGAUGCUGGAGACCUGUGGCAGUGAGAGGUCUCUGAAGAUCACACUCCACAUCUUGAGGAACAUGAAGCAGAACAAUUUCUCUGACUCACUGGAGAGAAAUAAGCAGCACAAUGAAUCCAUAAAAAGAGCCCAGCAGGCACUGAAAACUGCUCUGAAGAAGAGGUUUGAAUGCGUAUUUGAAGCUUUAGCAAAGCAGAACCACCGAACCCUCCUCAAUGAGAUCUAUACAGAGCUCUACAUCACAGAGGGGGGAAGUGGAGGAGUCAAUAAUGAACACGAGGUCAGACAGAUUGAGACAGCAUCCAAGAGACAAACCACAGAGGAGACUGCAAUCCUCUGUAAUGACAUCUUUAAGCCUUUACCUGGACAAGAGAAACCCAUCAGAACUGUGCUUACAAAGGGCAUCGCUGGCAUUGGGAAAACCGUCUCUGUGCAGAAGUUCAUUCUGGACUGGGCAGAAGGAGAAGCCAAUCAGGACAUUGAUUUCAUCUUCACUCUUCCUUUCCGAGAUCUGAAUCUGAAAAAGGAGAGAGAAUUCAGUCUGAUGCAACUUCUGCACCACUACUUUCCACAACUGAAAGAGAUCAAAAGUGUUGAAGGCGAUGGAGUCAAAGUUGUGUUUAUCUUUGAUGGUCUGGAUGAGUGUCGACUUCCUCUGGAUUUCCAAAGCAAUAAGCUCUGCUGUGAUAUAACAGAGUCAUCAUCAGUGGAUGCGCUGCUGACCAACCUCAUUAAGGGGAAUCUGCUUCCCUCUGCUCUCCUCUGGAUCACCUCCCGACCAGCAGCAGCUAAACAGAUCCCUCCUGAGUGCGUCCAACAGGUGACAGAGGUACGAGGGUUCAAUGACCCACAGAAGGAGGAAUACUUCAGGAAGAAAAUCAGAGACCAGAACCAGGCCAGCAGAAUUAUCUCACACAUAAAGUCGUCCAGGAGUCUCUACAUCAUGUGUCACAUACCAGUCUUCUGUUGGAUUUCUGCUACUGUUCUGGAGACAAUGUUGGGUGAAACAGAGAGUGGAGUUCUGCCUAAAACACUGACUGAAAUGUACACACACUUCCUGCUCAUUCAGACUAAUGUGAAGAAUCAGAAGUAUCAUGGUGCCAAUGAGAUGAACCCAAAGAAAGUGUCAGAGUCAGAUACAGAAAUCAUCCUGAAACUGGGGCGGCUGGCUUUUCUACAGCUGGAAAAGGGCAAUCUGAUAUUCUAUGAACAGGACCUGAGAGAGAGUGGCAUUGAUAUCAGUGAAGCUUCAGUGUACUCUGGGGUGUGCACAGAGAUCUUCAAAGAGGAGUGUGGGUUGGAUCAGGAGAAGGUCUACUGCUUUGUGCAUCUGAGCAUUCAGGAGUAUCUGGCUGCCUUGUAUGUCUUUCAUUCAUGUGUAAAUGAGAACAGAAAUGUACUCGGUGCAGAAGAGUCAGAACCUCACAGUGACAGAGUGCAGCUGUCUGAGUUACACAGGAGUGCAGUGGAUCAGGCCUUAGAGAGUAAGAAUGGACACCUGGACCUUUUCCUCCGAUUCCUUCUCGGCCUCUCUCUGGACUCCAUUCAGAAUCUCUUAGGAGGAAUACUGACACAGACAGGAAGCAGAUCACCUGUACCAGACCCACAGCCAGGAAGCAGACAACCUGUACCAGACCAACAGACAGGAAGCAGAUCACCUGUACCAGACCCACAGACAGGAAGCAGACAACCUGUACCAGACCCACAGACAGGAAGCAGACAACCUGUACCAGACCCACAGACAGGAAGCAGAUCACCUGUACCAGACCCACAGACACAGACAGAAAGCAGGUCAAAGAGCAUUGAGACAACUGUCCAGUACAUUAAAAUGAUGAUCAAACAGGAAUCUUCAGCAGACAGGACCAUCAAUCUGUUCCACUGUCUCAAUGAACUGAAUGACAACUCUCUAGUGCAGGAAAUCCAGAAUUCACUGAGUUCAGGAAAACUCUCUCAUAAGAAGCUGGAACCAGACCAAUGCUCAGCUCUGGCCUUUGUGUUACUGAUGUCAGAGGAGGUCCUGGAUGAGUUUGACCUGAACAUCUACAAUACAUCAGCAGCAGGUUAUCUGAGACUGGUACCAGUAGUCAGGAACUGCAGGAAGGCCAUAUUGAACAGCUGUGACCUCACAGAGAAGUCCUGUGAUAUUGUGGCCUCAGCUCUCCAGUCAUCAAACUCACCCCUGAGAGAUCUGGACCUCAGCAACAACUACCUGGGAGAUUCAGGAGUGGAGCUGCUCUGUGCUGGACUGAUGAGUCCAAACUGUAAACUACAGAGACUGGGACUGAACAGCUGUGAGCUCACAGAGAAGUCAUGUGAAUUUGUGGCCUCAGCUCUCCAGUCAUCAAACUCACCUCUGAGAGAUCUGGACCUCAGCUGCAACUACCUGGGAGAUUCAGGAGUGAAGCUGCUCUGUGCUGGACUGAGGAGUCCAAAGUGUGAACUGCAGAGACUGGACCUCAGCUACAAUAACCUGGGAGAUUCAGGAGUGGAGCUGCUCUGUGCUGCACUGAUGAGUCCAAACUGUAAAAUCGGGAGACUGGGACUGAACAGCUGUGACCUCACAGAGAAGUCCUGUACAAUUGUGGCCUCAGCUCUCCAGUCAUCAAACUCACCCCUGAGAGAUCUGGACCUCAGCAACAAUAACCUGGGAGAUUCAGAAGUGAAGUUGCUCUGUGCUGGACUGAGGAGUCCAAACUGUAAACUACAGAGACUGGGGCUGGGUUGGUGUAAUCUCACAGAGGGCUGCUGCGAUGUUUUGGCCUCAGUCCUGCGUUCCCCUCACUCAGAGCUGAGAGAUCUGGAGCUCAGAGACAACGAGCUACAGGAUUCAGGAGUGAGAGCGCUCUCUGCUGGCGUGGAGGACCCACACUGUAAACUGCAGAGACUGGGUCUGAGUGGCUGUGAGCUCACAGAGGAGGCCCUUGAAAUUGUGGCCUCAGCUCUCCAGUCAUCAAACUCACCCCUGAGAGAUCUGGACCUCAGCAACAACUACCUGGGAUAUUCAGGAGUGGAGCUGCUCUGUGCUGCACUGAUGAGUCCAAAGUGUAAACUACAGAGUCUGGGACUGAACAGCUGUGAGCUCACAGAGAAGUCAUGUGAAUUUGUGGCCUCUGCUCUCCAGUCAUCAAACUCACCCCUGACAGAUCUGGACCUCAGCAACAGUAACCUGGGAGAUUCAGGAGUGGAGCUGCUCUGUGCUGGACUGAUGAGUCCAGACUGUAAACUACAGAGACUGGACCUCAGCUGCAAUAACCUGGGAGAUGCAGGAGUGAAGCUGCUCUGUGCUGGACUGAUGAGUCCAAACUGUAAAAUCGGGCGACUGGGGCUGGGUUGGUGUAAUCUCACAGAGGGCUGCUGCGAUGUUUUGGCCUUAGUCCUGCGUUGCCCUCACUCAGAGCUGAGAGAUCUGGAGCUCAGAGACAACGAGCUGCAGGAUUCAGGAGUGAGAGCGCUCUCUGCUGGACUGGAGGACCCACACUGUAAACUGCAGAGACUGGGGCUGUCAGGCUGUAGAGUCACACAGAGAGGGUGUGAUUCUCUGGCUUCAGCUCUGAGUUCAAACCCCUCACACCUGAGAGAGCUGGACCUGAGAUACAAUCACCCAGGAGACUCAGGAGUGAGAGCGCUGUCUGCUGCUAAACUGGACUCACUCACACUGCUUGUGGACCAUGGGGGAGAGAAGAGGACCAAACCAGGACCCAGGAAAUAUGGCUGUCAGCUCACACUGGAUCCAAACACAGCGCACAGAAACCUGUAUCUGUCUGAGGGGAACAGGAAGGUGACACACACAUGGAUAGAGGAACCAUAUCCUGCUCAUCCAGAGAGAUUUGAGCACCGGCCCCAGGUUGUGUGCAGAGAGAGUGUGUGUGAAUCCUGUUACUGGGAGGCUGAGUGGAGUGUGUCUGAGAGAGGAUGGGUUUGUAUAGCAGUGACAUAUGAAGGAAUCAGCAGGAAAGGAGGGGAAUCUCACUGUGCGUUUGGAUGGAAUAAAAACUCCUGGAGCCUGGAGUGUGAUAAACACAGUUACUCUGUCAGGCACAAUGAGAAACAAACAGACCUACCUGCUCCCCCCUCUCCCUAUCGCAGAGCAGGAGUGUGUGAUGAUGAUGAUGAUGGUGGUGAUGGUGAAGGAGUGUGUGUGUACAGGGUAGGAGUGUGUGUGGACCGUUCGGCCAGCACUUUGUCCUUCUACAGCGUCUCUGACUCUGACACACUGACCCUCCUGCACAGAUUCUGCACACACUUCACUCAACACACACCCCUCUGUGCUGGAUUUUAUGUGUAUGACUCGUCGUCAGUGUCCCUCUGGCAACUGGAGUAGAGACACGCACACUUGCUCUCACACUUACACAUGCACACACACUCAUACACACACUUGUCACACACAUAUGCACACAUGGACAUGCAUACACACACGCACACACACACACACACACUUACGCUGGAAACAUACUUGAAUAAUCUCACACUACAUGCACAUGAAGUGGCUGUGUCCCAGGCGAUAUUGUUCACGUGCCCGCCUGCUUCCUUUCUGUCUGACUGGAGGUUUUAAAGGUAUAUCCACUAGGGGGCAGAUCAUGGCUUCCCUUCAAAUGAUAACACCAUCCUUCCUGGCUUCCUGCCAUCAGUCACGUCACUAGGCGUAAAAUGAAUACUGCCCCCGUGGUUUACGCGGGUAUUGCACCUUGCAGACACGUAGCAUUCAUUUUUGAGGACGUGCACAAAGGACGCUCUGAAUGACCGCAGGAUACGCAUGACAGCCAUUUUGUGUACGCGGCCACGUCAUUUAAAUCAAGUGUGUUUCCAGCCUUACUCUCGCACACGCACGCCCUCUCAUACACACACGCACGCCCAUACACCCUCAUGCACGCACACACACGCAUAUGCAACCACACACACACAUACAGACAUGCAUACGCACGUGCACACACACACACACACUCUCUCUCUCACAUGCUGGCACACACAGGCAUAUGCAACCACACACACACACACACAUAUGCAUAUGCACACAGACACACACACACACACACAUAUGCAUAUGCACACACACAUUCUUAUUCUUGCACACACGCACUUAUCUCACACAAACAUGCACAGACUGGCACACACUCACACACAUACACAACUACACACAUGUAUACAUACACACAUGCAUAUUCCCCCACACGCAAACACACACACACACAGUCACACCCACACACUCAUAUGCACUCGCACAUACACACACACAUAUACACUCUGUUCCCCACCUGCACACACAUACCUACGCACUCACACACACACACACACACACCUGCUCACACAUAC